AUGGGCAAUCAUACUGUGGUGAGCACCUUCCUUCUGUGGGGGUUUUCCAGUUUCCCAGACCUGCAGGGUCUCCUCUUUGUGAUGAUUUUCUUCUCCCAUGUGACCAUCCUGGCUGCAAAUGUGUGCAUAAUGGUGGCCAUCCAGCUCAGUCACAACCUUCACACCCCCAUGUAUUUUUUUCUCUGUGGCCUGUCCUUCUCAGAAACUUGUACCACUAUGGUAAUCAUUCCUCGCAUGUUAGUGGACUUGCUAUCAGACAGCAAGACCAUCUCUCUUCCUGAGUGUGCCACACAGAUGUUUUUCUUCUUUGGCUUAGGGGCCAAUAACUGCUUCAUCAUGGCCGCCAUGUCUUACGACCGUUACACUGCCAUUCACAGCCCACUGCACUAUAAGACCCUGAUGACCCAUAAGAUCUGCUUUCAGUUCAUGAUGGCCUCCUGGAUGGCUGGGUUCCUGGUUUCUCUGUGCAUUGUCAUCACUGUAUUCAGCUUGUCUUUCUGUGACUCCAACAUCAUUGAACACUUCUUCUGUGACAUCUCACCUGUGCUCUGCCUGGCCUACAGCAGGAAGAAACCUAAGAAAGAGAACACCACGUCCAGGGUGGAAGGUGGUGGUAGUAAUAAGCAAGGGGAAUUUACAUACCAGGCUCUGCUAUGGCGGCAGCAAGAUGGCAAAUGGAUCCCCACACCCGCCAGCGGAACUUUAAAAGCUCGUGAAGAGGCCUUAACUGGGUGCAGUCACGCAGACCAGGCAGGUGUUUUCAAUACCGCGUUACUAGCUCAAGGCUGUGUCCCUGGAACAGCCUCUGGGAGCCGGAAAGGAGAUCCGAACUCACAGGCCAAGGACAGGGGAGGUAGCAAGGAGACCACGAAUGCCCGGGUCAGCAUCAGUGGGCAGUCAGGUCUUUUUGAUGAUGUUCCCCAACAAGGGGGAAAUAAAAGACAUAUCCCCUUUGAAAAAGAGGAGGCGAGAAGGAGGGAGGAAAACUGA